GCCAUUCUACAUAAUUAAGAUUUCUCGGUGGUCGUAUCUUUUGGAAGGAGGACCGUUCACAUCAAAUGCCCAUGAAGGCGGCUAUUCAAAAAAAUCCUCCACCAGCCUCCACAGGGUCUGUGUGCAUAUCACAAGAUCAUCUAGUCCACUCCCAAAGUUGCAAAGCUGCAGCAAUGUUGAAUCCCUUUAUUAAAUUUUUUCAAACAAGUGCCAAGUUUCAUAUCUAGAGAAAGCACGUUCCUGGAAGCAGAAAGCGCGAUGGCUACACUUUGUGAAGCUUAGGUUGAGGCGCUGCUCGCAAUGUUCCCACCAAGAUAACCCAUAAGGCGGUAAGACGUUUUAUGCCUAGAUCGGCCAUGUUACAGUGGCGGACAAAUUACUCAACUCCCCGCCAAUCGUAUCUGCUGCCCGCCUUCUUGUCACUGUCGUUAGCCUCUUGCUUUUCCGCUCGUCAAGCUAACUUGCUAGAAGAUGCCUGUACGUGUUUAUUUUUUUACUGUAAUGCUUAAUAAAUACCCACGAUACACUACCACCUAGAUGUACCGUCGGUAUCAACCAGUAUGC